AUGCACGGGGAAUCACGCGUUGAACAUGGCACGUCGUCAAUUAGUUUAGGCAAUCACGACAAUGACAAUUUAAAUGUCCCCAGUGACAAUUUAAAUGUCCCUAAUGAAAAUGUAAGUGAAAUGCUUAAUGAUUUAGAGACUAAUGUUGAUGAUAUCGAUCAAGAAAAGUUAAAGCAGCUAAUUGAUGAUUCAGAAAAACCAUUAUAUACCGGUUCUGAGAUUAGUAAAGUAGAUGUUGUGUUGAAGUUGUUUAACUUAAAGUCAAAACACGGAUGGAGUGAUAAAAGUUUCACAGAUCUAUUAGUGCUUUUACAUGACAUUCUUCCGAAAGGUAAUGAGCUACCAAUUUCGUUAUACCGAGCAAAAAAAUUGACGUGUCCGAUGGGAUUAGAAGUUCAAAGAAUACAUGCAUGUCCAAAUGACUGUAUGUUGUAUGUAAAGGAUUUCAAGCAAGAUCAUAAAUGUUUUUAUUGUGGUGUGUCAAGGUAUAAGCGUAAACUUGAAACAGAUGAAGUUAACGAUGAUGUGACAAAAAAUGGACCACCAGCUAAAUUGUUGUGGUACCUCCCAAUUAUACCUAGACUGAAACGGUUAUUUUCAUAUGAGAAAGAAGCAAAGUUAUUGCGUUGGCAUUCAGAUAGUCGUGUAAAGGAUGGAAAAUUAAGACAUGUUGCGGAUUCACCCCAGUGGAGAAAUAUUGAUAAUAUGUUUCCUGAGUUUGGUAACGAGACAAGAAACAUACGGUUUGGACUUAGUUCAGACGGGUUCAACCCUUUUGGAAACAUGAGUAGUCGUCAUAGUACAUGGCCAGUUCUUCUAUGCAUCUACAAUCUUCCACCGUGGUUAUGCAUGAAACGAAAAUACAUAAUGAUGUCUUUGUUGAUUCAAGGGCCGAAACAACCUGGUAAUAACAUUGAUGUUUAUUUGUCUCCUUUAAUUGAUGACUUAAAAACUCUAUGGAAUACAGGUGUAGAAGUAUAUGAUGCUUAUAAGAAAGAAUAUUUUAAAUUACGGGCCAUGAUUUUUUGCACCAUAAGUGAUUUUCCAGCAUACGGUAAUUUGUCAGGAUACAAGACGAAAGGUAAGUCAGCUUGUCCUGUUUGUGAAGAUGAUACAAGUUCGGUGUGGUUAAAUAAUUGCAAAAAAACUGUAUACAUGGGACAUCGAAGAUUCCUUCCCCAAGGUCAUAAUUAUCGAAAUAAAAAAGAGGAGUUUGACGGAACUGUUGAGGACCGUUCAGUGAGGAAAAGAUUUAAUGCAUUUUCACGAGUUGAAAAACUAAAUGUUGUGUUGGGAAAAAGAAAUCGUGUUGAGAAAGACGCCAUUUGGAAAAAAAAGUCAAUCUUUUGGGAUUUGCCUUACUGGAAGAAUUUACAAGUUCGACAUUGUCUAGAUGUUAUGCAUAUAGAGAAAAAUGUAUGUGAGAGCUUGAUAGGCUUAUUGUUAAACAUACCCGGGAAAACUAAAGAUGGGAUUAAUGUCCGUAAAGACAUGGAAGAAAUGGGAAUACGUAAAAAGCUUGCUCCUGUCGCGACACCCGGAGGAAAAUUUUAUCUGCCACCUGCGUGCUAUACUAUGUCAAAAGAUGAAAAAACAAAGUUUUGUAAAUGUUUAAAAGAUAUUAAAGUUCCAUCCAGCUAUUCUGCAAACAUUAAAAAGCUGGUGUCGAUGAAAGACUUAAAAUUGCUUGGUAUGAAGUCUCAUGAUUGUCAUGUUUUGAUGACACAUAUGAUUCCAAUUGCAGUACGUGGAUUGUUACCGGAUUACCUCCGACAUACAAUUACAAAACUUUGUUUGUUUUUUAACAAGAUACACUCAAAAGUUAUUGAGCCCGAGUCACUUAAUGAGUGGCAAAAAGAAAUUAUCAUCACGCUUUGUGAACUUGAGAUGUACUUUCCUCCAUCUUUUUUUGAUGUGAUGGUUCACCUUGUAAUCCAUAUCGUAGGAGAAAUCCAGACAUGUGGCCCUGUAUUUCUACGCUACAUGUACCCUUUUGAAAGAUAUAUGGGUUUCUUAAAAGGUUAUGUACGAAACCCUAAUCGACCUGAGGGUAGCAUUGUUGAAGGAUAUACUACUGAAGAGGUGGCUGAGUUUUGCACAGGUUAUUUGGAUGGUGUCAAAAGUAUUGGUGUUCCUCAAUCCCGUCACUCGGGUAGACUUGAAGGGAAAGGAGGUGUUGGUAUGAAAACAAUCCUCCCAAACCAUGAUGAUUUACAACUUGCACAUUUUGAGGUCCUAAAACACAUGGCUUGUAUUGCUCCAUACAUUUCCGAACACAAAGGAACAUUACGGUCAACAUACCCGGGUAAGAGCGAAAUGUGGUAUGAAAAGAAGCAUAACAAAGAGUUUGCUAAUUGGAUUGAAAUUAAGGUAAUGAGAUCUUCUGGCCAAAAAGAUUUUGAUAAAACCGUGGAAAGGUUGGGGCGGGGCCCAGAUGUUAGAGUAACGACUUAUCAAGGGUACGACAUUAACGGCUAUACGUUUUACACAAAAGAUCAAGAUGAAAAAAGUACAAUGCAGAAUAGUGGAGUUACAGUGAUAGCAUCAAGGGCGGAGUUCGACAAUAAUAAUCAUUCUUCAAGGAUAAGAAUUGCCAAGGAUUCUUAUUACGGUGUCAUACAAGAAAUUUGGGAAUUGAAUUACCAUGCCUUCGAGAUACCUGUGUUCAAAUGUAAGUGGGUAAAUAACCAUACAGGUGUAAUAGUUGACAAAUAUGGUUUUACACAAGUCGACCUCACAACAAAUUCAUAUGCAUCCGAACCAUUCAUCCUCGCAAAACAAGUCACACAGGUGUUCUUUGUCAAUGACCUGAGCAAACGAAGAUACCACAUUGUAUUGCAAGGUAAACGACGUAUCCUUGGUGUUGAUGAUGUUGUCGAUGAGGAAGAAUACAACCAGUUUGACGACCUACCACCAUUUUCUAUCGAUGUUCAACCAGUGAAUGAUGCAAAUGAUCACACCACUGCAUACUUACGAUCUGACCACACCGAUGGGAUAUAUGAAUCAUUGGAAAUUAUAGCUCUAGCUCUUUGA